CUUCUUCUAGGUUUAAGCACCCUGCUGUGUUUUUCAACUUCACUACUGACGCAUGCAGAUGCAGCAGCAACACAGGUCACUUAUGACAAUGGCCAACUUCUACUCAAUGGAGAACCCAGAAUUCUGGUUUCUGGGGCUAUCCAUUACCCACGCAGCACAGCAGAGAUGUGGCCAGAUCUUAUCAACAAAGCAAAAGAAGGUGGACUCGAUGCAAUUGAGACUUACAUUUUUUGGGAUUUCCAUGAGCCCAAUCGUGGCGAGUUCCAUUUUGAGGGAAACCUAGACAUCAUCAGAUUCUUCAAGACAGUGCAACAAGCUGGGCUAUAUGCCAUUCUUCGCAUUGGUCCUUAUGUCUGUGCAGAAUGGGACUAUGGAGGAUUCCCAGUGUGGUUGCAUAAUCUACCAGGAAUUGCAUUCAGAACAGAUAAUCAAGUUUACAAGGAUGAGAUGCAAAAAUUCACCACCAAAAUUGUUGACAUGGCUAAACAAGCUAACCUCUUUGGUCCACAAGGAGGACCCAUAAUCCUUGCACAGAUUGAGAACGAAUAUGGGAAUAUCAUGAAACCAUAUGGAGACGCAGGGGAAAGCUAUAUUCAAUGGUGUGCAAAGAUGGCUCUAUCUCAAAAUAUCGGAAUUCCAUGGAUCAUGUGUCAACAGGACGAUGCACCACAGACUGUGAUAAACACACACAAUGGAUUUUAUACCAGUUUUGAUUGGAAGCCAAACAAUCCAAAAAGUCCUAGAAUGUGGACUGAGAACUGGACUGGCUGGUUCAAGGGCUGGGGCCUCCCAACCCACAUUAGAGCUGCUGAAGAUGUGGCUUAUGCAGUUGCCCGUUUCUACCAAUUUGGUGGUGUGCUCCAAAACUACUAUAUGUACCAUGGAGGAACCAAUUUUGGUCGUUCAGCUGGCGGACCUUAUAUCUCAACCACUUAUGAUUAUGACGCCCCACUUGAUGAAUAUGGGCUUCUCAAUCAACCAAAGUGGGGACACCUAAAGCAACUUCAUGAACAGAUCAAAUCAGCUGAGAAGAUUCUCACUAAACAGUCAAUUACACACAAGGACAUCCAAAACGGUGUUGUGUUUUCUACAUUCAUGGACAACUCUACUGGAAAAUCAUUCUGCUUCUUGAGCAACAAUGAUACUAAACAAGAUUUGAAUAUUGAAUUGGGAAAGAAUGGCAAGUAUUUCUUGCCUGCUUGGUCUGUUAGUCUUCUUGCUGACUGCAACAAAGAGAUCUACAACACUGCUAAGGUCACCACCCAGACAUACUUGAAGAAAAAAAAUCCAAGCAAUGUUGAUACUCAAUUCAAUUGGUUAUGGAAGGCUGAGCCCUUGAAAGAUGCUCUCACAGGAAAGGGAUCUUUAACUACAAACAAGCUUCUUGAGCAAAAGGCAACAACUGCUGGUGCCAGUGACUACCUGUGGUACAUGACUAGUGUGAACAUUGAUAAUUCUUUCGGUCACAAUGCGAUCCUGCAUGUGAAUACAACAGGCCAUGUACUUCAUGCUUAUGUCAACAAGAAGAGAAUGGCAUCUGAUUGGAGUAGUGGUGGUGGUAGUUUCGUGUUUGAAAAACCAGUCACAUUGAAGACAGGCAUUAAUCACUUAUCUUUACUUAGUGCCACAGUUGGAUUAGCGAAUUAUGGUUCAUUUUUCGAUUUGGUACCCACUGGAAUAGUUGGUGGCCCAGUUAAAUUAAUUGGAAAUGGUAAUGCUACUAAAGAUCUAUCAUCAAACGAAUGGUCCUAUAAGAUUGGAUUGAACGGUGAGAACAAACAAUUCUACGAUGAUAGACUUUCCCGGGACAAAAAAUGGACCUCAGAAGAACUACCCUUGAAGAGGGCAAUGACGUGGUAUAAGACAAGCUUCAAGGCUCCUCUGGGUAAUGAUCCUGUGGUGGUAGAUUUGUUGAGUAUGGGGAAGGGACAUGCCUGGGUGAAUGGACACAGCAUUGGAAGAUUCUGGCCCACAAUGAUUUCUAAAGCUCCUCAGGGUUUCGAUUGCACUGAGACAUGCGAUUAUCGUGGAGAAUUCACUGAUAAAAAAUGCAUGAUUGAUUGUGGCCUUCCUUCUCAAAGAUGGUACCACAUCCCACGAUCAUUCUUGAAUGCUGAGGAUAACACAUUGAUCUUGUUCGAAGAAAUGGGUGGAAAUCCUACACAAAUAAAUUUCCAGACGGUCACAGUAGGAAAGGUAUGCGGGAAUGCAUAUGAAGGAAGCAUCUUGGAACUCUCAUGCGGCAUAGGUGGCAAAAUCUCUGCUAUCGAAUUUGCCAGCUUCGGAGAUCCCCAAGGCACAUGUGGAUCAUUCAAGAAAGGUAGCAGCGAUGCUCCCAACACUCUAUCUGUGUUGCAGAAUGCAUGUUUAGGAAAGGAGUCUUGUUCGAUCAAUGUUUCAGGAACAACUUUUGGAUUAAGCAGUUCCAACUCCAACACCCCCAAGAAGCUAGCAGUGCAAGCUGUUUGCUAG